AGAGUGAAAGGCACCAGCCGUUCUUUGAGCCAACAGAAGUAGAGGAGACCAUUCAGAGGAAAGCUCCAGGACCUAUUGAUCAGAUAUGGGCCCAGCUGCAUCGCAGCCAAGUACCAACUGGCAUCUGAGAGAAAAUGGAAAAGAACACCACACAAGUAAAUUUUCUAGCAAAGAGCUGGUUGUGAGGCGAGGACAAGCCUUCAUUGUCACCUUCAAUGGAACAGAACAGCCUGAGCAAAACUUAACGUUCAUCGCAGAAACAGGUCCAAGACCCUCAAAGGUGAAUAGGACCCAGGCCACAUUUGGUGUCUCCAGCACAGUGAGCAAGGACGGCUGGAGUGCAGUCCUACAGUCUACCAGUUCCAACUCUGUGAGCAUCUCCAUUUCCAGCCCACCUAAUGCCAUCAUUGGACGUUACAAGCUGAGCGUUCAAAGUGGCAGCUCUUCUCCAACAAGCCUUGGCACCUUCGUUUUGCUCUUUAACCCGUGGUCCUCAGGUGAUGACGUGUUCAUGUCUAACAAGGCCGAGUGUGAAGAAUAUGUCCUAGAAGAGUUUGGCAUCAUCUUUGCGGGCAAUAAGAAUCACAUCAGCAGCUUUGGAUGGAACUUUGGCCAGUUUCAAGAAGAUAUUCUUGAUAUUUGCCUUUCCAUGCUGGAUCGAAGCUUAAGCCAUCGACAGGAUCCUGUCACAGAUGUAUCUCACCGAAAUGACCCCAGAUACGUGGGCCGUGUUCUCAGCGCAAUGGUCAAUGCCAAUGAUGACCGAGGGGUGGUGCUAGGAAACUGGAGUGGAAAUUAUGACGAUGGGAAAAGCCCAAGCAGCUGGACUGGAAGCAGUGAAAUCCUGCAAAGCUGGAAGAAAUCAGGAUUCAGACCUGUUAGAUAUGGACAAUGUUGGGUUUUUGCAGCAGUAUUGACUACAGCGCUUAGAUGUCUGGGGAUUCCCACUCGUACAAUCACAAACUUCAGCUCUGCCCACGAUGUAGAUGGAAAUCUGCGUGUAGAUGAGUUUUACGAUGCUUCUGGAAAUCAUUUGGAGAGGGGAGGUGACAGCAUAUGGAAUUUCCACGUCUGGAAUGAAAGCUGGUUUUCCCGCAGUGACUUGGGAGCCUCAUACAGCGGAUGGCAAAUUCUGGAUGCAACUCCCCAAGAACAAAGUGAAGGAAUUUAUCAGUGUGGUCCUGCCUCACGGACAGCCAUCAAAGAAGGAGACGUAGAUCUGGACUACGACUGCCCGUUUGUGUUUGCGGAAGUGAAUGCAGACUGCAUGUACUGGAAUUAUGACACUGCAACGGGAAAGAAGACAUUAAUAUUUUCGCAGUCUACCACAAUUGGCCAAUUCAUCAGCACAAAGGCAGUCGGCAGAGAUGAUCGCAUAGAUGUCACCAAUGAUUACAAAUACGAAGAAGGCUCUAAAAAAGAGAGAGACAUUUUUAAAAAAGCCCGUAAGAAGCUGGGACUUGAGGAUAAGUUUGAUCCUACAGCACCAACACCGCGGGAAAUCGAGCAGAAGCCUGACAUCGCAGGGAAGUUCAAGGUGGCUGGGCCUUUACAAGUCGGCAAAGACCUCAAUCUAAUUCUGGUUCUUGAAAACUUACAGUCUGAUGUUAAGACUGUUCAUGUAAAUAUGACGGCUUGGAGCACCGUGUACACUAGAAGACCAGUUCGUGAGAUCUGGAAGGACUCCAUGUCUGUCACACUGUCUCCUAAAGAAGAGAAACAAUUUCCCAUUAAUAUACAAUAUACUGAAUAUCAACAGCAGUUAACUACAGACAACACGAUCGAGGUAACAGCUUUAUGUCAUGUAGAAGGCGGGAUUCAAGUGCUAGUGCAGAGAGACAUCACCCUGGACAAUCCUACCAUCGACAUAGAGAUACUUGGUGAAGCGAAAGUGAACAGAGAAGUGGAUGUGGAAGUGACAUUUACCAAUCCCAUUGAUACAGAAGUGUCAAACUGCAUGAUGCAGGUAGAAGGCAGUGACCUGCUCAGAGGAAUCCUUGAGAUAGACAUACCACCACUGAAAGCCGGUGAGCAAUCCAGUACGAAGUUUAAAAUCACCCCUUUUGAGGCGGGUCCCAAACAUCUACUUGUUAAUUUCUCCUGUGAUAAGUUUGCAAAUAUCAAGACCUUUAAGAUGAUAAAUGUGGUUGACUAACGUGAAGAUAAACAACGAAUGGUCUGCGUGUGUAUAAAUUGAACAAAAUGCCAUAAGAAAUCUUGUAUAAGUAAACAAUGGGAAAAUUACUGAAACAAAAUCCUUACUUCCUGUGAUAAGGGGUUACUAAUGUCAUAUUAUUAAAAUUUUACAUUGUAAUUUUAAAUAAAUUGAGGAAUAGUUGAUUCUCA